AGAGAAUUAAUUCAUCAAUCAAACACUUGAGCACUGAACCACUAUCAAAAAAAUGGACAACAAAACAACACCAGAGCUUAAGCUACCAGGUUUCAGGUUCCACCCUACUGAGGAAGAACUUCUCAACUAUUACCUCAAAAAGAUUGCAAUGGGUAAUAAUAAGUUGAGUUUGAACAUCAUCGGCUUUCUCAACAUAUACCAUCACGAACCUUGGGAAUUGCCUGGAUUGGCAAAGAUAGGGGAGAGAGAGUGGUACUUUAUUGUGCCUAGAGACAGAAGGAAUGGUCAUGGUGGAAGGCCCAACCGAAUCACUCAGAAUGGGUUUUGGAAAGCAACCGGCUCAGACCGCCUGAUUCGAUGCUUGUCGGACCCUACAAAAAUCCUGGGCCUUAGAAAGACGCUGGUUUUUUAUAAAGGGAGAGCACCUCGAGGGUGCAAGACCGAUUGGGUGAUGAAUGAGUAUAGACUUCCAGAUAACUCCUCCUUCCCCAAGGAGGACAUAGUACUCUGCAAGAUUUAUAGAAAAGCAACCUCAUUGAAAGUUUUGGAGGAAAGGGCAGCCAUAGAAGAAAAAUCAAGGAUAUUACAUCAAACACCUUCGUCUCCACGAUCACAGGACAGCAGUGACCACCCUCAAGAAAGUUUUGUGUCACUGACAGUGUCCCAACAGGACAUUGUUUUCAAGAUAGAGGAAGAAGAAGAAGAAGAGCAAGAGAUCAAGAAUGUUUCCUCUUCAUCUUCUCUUGGAUUUGGUUCCAUGAAAGAGCACUUGACAGAGCUUGAAGUGCCCAAGUUCAGCAUGGACCACCUGACUAUGGAUCCAUUAUGGAGCCAGUUGAAAAGCCCAUGGCUAGGCAACUGGAGCCCCUACUAUGCCAAUGUGCUUAACUUCUGAGAAAGAGUAUUGGUGAAUAAUGGUAAACAAUUUGGCAUAUUCCAGUAUUGAAAAGGCAUGUGCCAUGCACAUGAAGAAGGCUAAGUUUGAAUUGUAAUGAGGUUCAAAGGUGCCAUGUGGUUUGAAGUGAUAACCAUCCCACAUUGUCAGCAUCAAGAAAUAAUAUUUAGGUUAUAUUUGGGUAGGAAUUUAGAAAUGAAAAAAAUGUGUGAAUUGUAACUAUUUGAUUCAUAUUUUAUUCACAUUUUCUUUUGGUC